AUGUUCUUAGAAAAUCGUGGUACGUAUCUCGAAUGUUAUGAGAAUAUACGCAAUCUACUGCUGAGAUAUCCUUUGAACAUUCUCAGUAUCUACUUGUGCUGUAUGGGGAGUAGCAAUAGGGCAUACUUGCAUCCCGUGCACGGUCGCACCAAUCUUCAUUUGACUCGUAAAAGUACGGUGACGAAAGUGCUAAUCGAUCGUAUUACAAAUCGAGCAAUCGGCGUAGAAUUCGUCAAGAAUAAGCAAACAAUACGUGUGUUUGCGAAGAAUGAAGUAAUUCUAUGUGCAGGUGCCAUUAGAUCGCCGCAAUUAUUAAUGCUUUCCGGCAUCGGACCAGCAAAACAUCUUACCGACCUAGGCAUAAAUGUAAUUCGAGAUGCGCCAGUCGGUGAAAACCUCAUAGACCAUAUAACCUUCUUUGGAUUGACAUUUACAACAAACGCAGCAGUCGGUUACCAGUUAUUCGAUCUGAUAAAUCCGUUUAAUUCGCAUAUAUCAGACUUCUUAAUCAAUCGAAUGGGAAAGGUUUACGAUUCCGGGCGGGAAUGGGAUAAGUACAGUCUCACCAAUGGCUGGACUGUUUUACCAAUACUGUUGAAACCUAAAAGUCGCGGUAGAAUAACAUUGUUAGCUAAUGACGUUAAUGUUAAACCAGAGAUCGUGCCAAAUUAUUUCGAUGAUCCAGACGACGUCAGGACAAUGAUUGCUGGGAUUAGAACUGCGUUAAGUAUUGGUCAGACAAAGACGAUGCAAGCGUUCGAUUCUAAAUUGUUAAACAUUACUUAUACGGAAUGCAACAAUUACGAAUAUGACUCCGACGCUUAUUGGGAAUGCGCAAUAAGGAUGCUAUCAACGACACUUUAUCACUACUGUGGCACUUGUAAAAUGGGACCUAGUGGAGAUCCGACUGGUUCCAGUGAAAAC